AUGGGUGAAUUGCUAGUUUGUCGUGUUUGUUUAUGCACAGACGUAAAAUUGUAUGAUAUAUACAAAUACCGACUAGAAUCUGCGUAUGAGAAUUUAACUGGCUUUAAAGUCUUGCCGCUAGAUGGAUAUCCUCAGUACACUUGUGGUGUGUGCAGUACUUUAUUAACAAAAUGGUUGUCAUUCAAAAAUCUCUGCCAAAAAAGUUUAGAGGUAUUGAAGUUUGCAUAUGAGCAAAAUCAUCUGAUUACUACGGAAUAUGUAGCAAGUCUACAUCUUAACACGCAUAUUCUAUCAAACUUCAGCAAGGGUAGAUACAAUUUGUCAUAUUACGAUGAUGAGACUCACAUAGAAGAUGAAAUCUGCAACAAAUAUGAAGAUAAUUCAAAUACAGACACAAAUGACUUAGACUUCAACAAUGAGGAACCAAACUAUGAGACACAUAUCAAAAUUGAGCAUAAGCCUGUUCAUCUAUUAUUAAGUGAAAAGUUUACAGAAACAAAAACUAAAGUGAAAAAAAAGAAAGUGUUAAAGUGCGAAAAAAAAGUGUUUGAAAAUAAUCAAGACAAUGAAGCUUCAGAGAGUGACAGUCAAGAUGUUGAUCCGUUUGAUAACAAUGACAUUGAGUUGAUAAUUUUAAGUAAAGACCAGCAGAUGGACGAAGUUAGAGCUAGGAUGGAAUCGUUGAAUUAUUCGCAGUCUCUUUACAAAUGUAAUAAGUGUUUCAAAGGGUUUAUGUCAUCAGCAACAUAUAAGAAUCAUAUGGUAACGCAUGAUCCGUCAACAGGGAGCCAUGUUUGUGAGAUCUGCCAAACAAGAUGGCCGACUGUCGGGAAGUUACGUACUCAUCUGACGUCACACGAGAAAAGAUACGUUUGUAAGCUAUGCGGACACGUUACCAAAUCAAGAUUCAAAGCCAAAGAACACUAUCAGUGGCACAGCGGGCACAAAUAUAUAUGUAAUAUAUGCGGCGCUUCGUUCGAGAAAUCGACGAGCCAUCUCACCCACGUUAGAAUACACCACCCAUCUCAACACAGUUGCGAAGUGUGCGGAGAAUCGUUUAUAGGCGAAAAUGGACUCCAUAUGCAUAGGAAGAAGGCUCACAGGAGCACAGAGAAUGACGAGAAGAAACCUACAUGUUCGUGUUGUGACGUCACAUUUCAAACUGUCGAAGCGUUGAAAAAGCACAAAGCCAAAAAUGUGGACUGCAGUAAUAUAAUGCCAUGUGUACAGUGUGGGGAGAAUUUUGAGACUAACGCAGAAUUGAAGGAGCAUCUGAAGACCCAUUUCAAGGAAGAGCCUGUCAAAUGUGAGGAGUGUAACAGAACAUUCGCCCACAAGCGUUCGUUCGCGAUCCACUUCCAACGCGUACACUUGGGUGUUAAGAUGAAGUAUCGCGGCGCUAGAAGACAAAAACUGUCUGUCGUUGUCUGCGAGAUAUGCGGCAAGGAAUGUACAAGUAAAGCUACCCUCAUGUACCAUCAGCGCACCCACAGCGGCGAGAAACCGUACGAGUGUCCGGAGUGUCCGAAGAGAUUCAGCGUACAUCAGAGAUUGCAGAUUCAUCUACGCACCCACACCGGCGAGAGUCCCUACAAAUGCAGGAAUUGCCCGAAAGCGUUCAAACACAAGGCUGCAUUGAAUCGUCACGAUAGAGUACACACUGGGGCGAAGCCCUACGCUUGCUCGCAUUGCGGCAAGUGUUUCUCCCAGUCUAACUCCAUGAAGUUACACGUGAGGACAGUACACCUGAAGAUGCCCGCUCCGUACAGGAGUAGACAUACUGAGAAACCGAUAGCUACAUAG